AUGGAUGGUAUUGAAAGUCGAAAUUUACUCUAUACUCAAAAGCAUAAAGAACUGAGUCUUGAUGAGAAGAUAAAAUUAAUAGAAGACAGAGAAGUCCAACCCUCUCCUACUUUACGACAACUCAGUUUAAAAUAUGACGUAUCAGAAAGCACCGUUAAACGUGUCCUUCGUCGCAAAGAUGAACUUAGACAGAUGAAAAGUUUUACACCAACUUUAAAAUACAAUCAUUUAUCAUUGAAAGAGAAAAUUGACAUGAUUCUGGAAAGGGAAGCUAAUCCUGUGAUAGCAGUACCUGAACUUAUCAAAAAAUACAAGGUGUCUGAGAGUCUGUUGUCAACUCAGAAGUAUAAACAAUUAACAUUGAAAGAAAAAGUGGCUUUGAUACAAGACAGAGAGUCAAGUCGUCCAAUGACUGUUCAUGAAUUAUGUUCCAAGUAUGAAGUAUCCGAGAGUGUUUGGGAAGCGUGUGGGGUGAAACGUCAACGAGUACAUCUAACAUUAGAUGAUAAAGUUAGGUUAAUAGAAGAUUGGUCUCAAAAACCACGUCCACUGCUAGCAACUCUUGCCUUACGAUAUAAUGUCCAUGAGCGUACCGUCAAUAGAAUUUUAAAAGAUAAAGAACGCUUGAAAGAAGAAUAUUUGAAAUACAAGGAUAAACAAUUUUAA